CAGAUUCGCUGUCUUUGAUACAAGUGUUUCCGCUUCCUGUUUAGUGCGUUCAGUUUACCAAGGAAACCCUACAACUAACUUGACCGACAUCCCUGGAGUCUUUACGAAUGGAGAAUGUGUAAACUAUUGUCGUUUUAGACUAUAUAGCCAUUGUACGUGCUUAACUAUAAAUAAUUUAAUGAGUUAAUACGAUUUAAACAAUUCCCUUUAAAGGAUUAACGUUCCAAUUUUUCUCGUAACCAUAUUUGCGCUUUUGUUUUCAAAGAAGGCCUUUCUGUGCCCAAAACAAUUUUUUAAAAUUUAUUUUCAGGUUACACUUUAUUUCGCCGGUGAUGACAAUCAUGCAAAUCGAUAACUAUUUGUUUUGACGUGCUAAAACGUUAAGGUGGCUUUCACGUCACGCGCUAGUGGUUCAAACACCGCCACCUACAGUAGAACUAGGGUAAAACAAGUUACAAAACACCCAUGUUUUGAAGUCACAUACGUUAUGCAAACGCCAGUGUGGUCUCCUCGUUAAGCUGCUACCACAGACUGUAAAACAUCACAGGGUUAGCGAUGAAAAGCAAAUCUUCCAAGUCAGAUGACCUCAAGUCCAAAAAGGCUCAGAGGGAUAGUGGGGAGAAUUCUGGUGCAACUUUUUCCUCUAAACUACGGGACAAGAAGGAUGCAGAGGCAUGCAAAAAAGGGUUUCCUCUCAAGUCCACAGGAAUCCAGAAGAAAAUUGCACAUGGAAGCAUACUCCACUACAUCUACAAGAACACUCUGGGUCAAAGUGUUCAUACCCAGAUGAGACAGUGUCUUCAGGAACCUUUUGUCCGCUCGCUCUCUUUGUACCACUAUCACGCGUCGAAGCUUCCUUUCGACCGCAGAGUCACCUGCCUGGAGUGGCAUCCCACUCAUCCCACCACACUGGCAGUGGGAUCCAAGGGUGGCGACAUUGAGCUGUGGGACUUUAAGCUCCAGGACCAGAAGACAUUCAUCAAAGGGAUGGGUGCAGGAGACUCAGUUACAGAUAUGAGGUUUAACCCGUUAAACCCGACUCAGCUGUUCACAUCAUCUAUGGGGGGUACGACAGCCCUCCGAGAUUUCAAUGGGACCCCUCUCACAGUGUUUGCCUACACAGACACACUAAAUUUCUGGUACUGCUGUGUGGACGUGUCCAUCAGCCGACAGAUGCUCGUGACCGGAGACAAUGUUGGCAAGCUCCUGCUGCUGGGUUUGGAUGGGCAGAAGAUUUUCAGUGAUAAGUUACACAAAGCCAAAGUGACCCAUGCCGAGUUCAACACGCGCUGUGAUUGGCUGCUUGCGACGGCGUCAGUGGACCACACGGUGAAGCUUUGGGACUUGAGAAACAUAAAGGACAAGAAGAGCUUUCUUUAUGACAUGCCUCACGAGAAGGCCGUCAAUUCAGCUUAUUUUCAUCCCUUGGACUCCUCAAAGUUGCUAACAACUGAUCAGUAUGACCAGAUCCGUGUGUAUUCAUCCUCUGAUUGGUCCAAACCUCAACACAUCAUCCGGCAUCCACACAGACAAUUUCAGCAUAUUACAUCCAUCAAGGCUACAUGGCACCCUGUGUAUGACCUUAUCGUGGCGGGUCGUUACCCUGACGACAGGGUCUGUCUCGGCGACCAGAGAACUAUCGACAUCUUUGAUUCCAACACAGCGGAGCUUGUGGGUCAGCUGUAUGAUCCCAACGUUGCAGGAAUCAAAUCUAUCAAUAAAUUCAAUCCAAUGGGUGAUAUCAUUGGCUCAGGAAUGGGUGUAACAGUGGUAGUUUGGGCCCGAGAUGAGUCAUUGCUUGGUGAUGAGCACACACUGCAGGUGGAAACGUCUACCUCAGCUGAGCGUCCGCAAAGAGAGCGGAAUAGUCAGCAGCGGGCCGCCAGGAGCAGGAGAACUGGUGUGGAACAAAGCAAACUUAAAAAGAAACUGCUUGCUGUGCAUGAAUCAGAGACAACGACGAAGACGAAAUGCACAAAGCGCACAAGAAAGCAUUGAACUAAAGCUUGUGGAUGUAUUUUUUUGUAUUCAUUUAUUACGUAACUGCUAUACGUUAUACUUCAGGGAACUAUUAAACCUUUUGCAGAUAUUGUUCUUUUCUACUAAACUGUAAUAAAGUGGUAUUGUAUAAACUA